AUCUCCCUUCGUUCUCUGCUCUGAGAGAAAAACCCUAGUCGCUCAAGAUGCCGGCCGGUCAUGGGUUGAGAUCUCGUACUCGAGACUCUUUCUCUCGGCCAUUCAGGAAGAAGGGUACCAUCGCCCUCACCACUUACCUUCGCACCUACAAGAUCGGUGACUACGUUGACAUCAAGGUCAAUGGUGCUGUCCAGAAAGGUAUGCCUCAUAAGUUCUACCAUGGUCGUACUGGCCGUGUCUGGAACGUCACCAAGCGCGCUAUCGGCGUCGAGGUCAACAAACAGGUUGGCAACAGGAUUAUCAGAAAGAGAAUCCAUGUUCGCGUUGAGCAUGUGCAGCCAUCAAGGUGCACAGAGGAGUUCCGUCUGAGGAAAAUUAAGAAUGAUCAGUUGAAGGCAGAGGCAAAGGCCAAGGGAGAGGUCAUCAGCACUAAGAGGCAGCCUGAGGGCCCUAAGCCAGGUUUCAUGGUGGAAGGUGCCACACUGGAGACUGUAACACCCAUUCCAUAUGAUGUCGUCAAUGAUCUUAAAGGCGGUUACUAGUUCUGAAUUUAGUUGUUUUUCUUCUUUGUUGAACCAAGUAGCUUCGUUUGGAUUUGAACCCUUACAUGUUUUCAUUGGAAGAGCCGUAUAAUUAACUCUCUGCACAAGUAGACUCCUAAAUUUUGUCUCAUUGAUUUCUGAAUACAAAGUAUGUGUUUUUCAACCCUUUUUUGGAUA